AUGGCUGCAAUAAGUACAAGAGCCAAAUCUCCCACGCGUUCUGAAGCGAUAUCUAAAGCAUUAAAACCAGGACCUGUGUACAGUCCCGGAGUUUUACUAGGCAAUUGGGUUGAAGAUAGAAUAGAAUGCCCGAAAGGCGGAACAUUGUACUUCCCACCUGAAAUUAAUAUUGAGUAUGACAAGCUAAAACCAGAAUUAAGGCAAUCGGAUUUUCGGAUUAACAAACUAAAUAGUUGGCAGGGUAACUUGGAGUCAGUGAUCCGCCACAACAGUCAUGACGCAUGCGGUAACUUCGUCACCACCAACGAUUUGGUCUAUAAUCAUCUUCCGAAAUCUCUUUGUGGUCCCAUUCAACGCCACUAUAAGAGAAGUGCGCAUCAGUUCUACCCACAACCUGACUUGAUGCAAUGUUUUGGUAACAUCACGGAGUGGGGUCUUAAAAAAUAUCUGGAACACGAGUGGGCUUGCGGUGAUGUAUCAGACUAUAUGUCGACUCUUUAUGAAGACACCUACGCUCCUCCCCUACCAUCGCAGUAUUUGCAGGGGCCUGAUCGUAAAGCGCGAAAUUCGAGUUUCACAAAAACAUUCUGUUUCAAGAUGACAAAAUCAAAACAGAAGAGGAAAUCAUGA